AUGGCUGAACCCGCUCCAGCGCGAGCCGCAACACGGCCACAACGGCCAGAAGACCAUCUGGCGCCAUUCCCACCUGUCUCAAACACAAGCAUACCAGGAACCGGAACAGCGCAAUUGAACUCGUCCAAUAAAGCACCAACACAAUCCGAGAAUGGAACAGCACAUUGCAACCUCUCCCACAACAGCCCAAAUGACAGCACCGGCACCAACCUCCCGCCCCUCCCGACAGUUGUUGCCCGCAUCCACGCCCGCGUGCAAUCCUUCCUAGCAGAAUCCCACCCAGAAGACUCCCUCCUCGCCUCAGUCCAGCGCCAAACCCGCAUCUCCCUAGACGUGGUCGCCACAGCCCUAAAGCGGUACAAACUGUCGGAACUGUCAGUCUCCUACAACGGCGGCAAGGACUGCCUAGUCCUGCUAAUUAUCUUCCUGGCGGGCCUGCACCCCUCUACCAACACAAACACCAGCACAUCCUCCCAGGAACAGGAUGUCAAUGCCGAACACUCACUCUCAGCACAGGCCCUCGCGGAAGCCGAGGCCCAAAUCGCAGCUGCAACAUCCAUCCCGUGCAUCUACGCACUUCCCCCCGACCCAUUCGACGAGGUGGAGGAUUUCGUCAUUAGUUCUGCGGAAGCAUACCGUCUCUGUAUAAUGAAAUACACGACUGCGCCACCGGCCACGACCCUCCGCUCCAGUUUUGAGGAUUACCUAUCCCGGAACCCCGGUAUCAAGGCUAUAUUUGUGGGGACGAGAAGGACGGAUCCGCACGGAGCGCAGCUGACGCAUUUCGAUCGGACGGAUGGUGGUUGGCCUGAUUUUGUGCGGGUGCAUCCCGUUAUUGAUUGGCAUUAUGCGGAAAUCUGGGCGUUUAUUCGGCACCUUGAUUUGCGGUAUUGUUCGCUGUAUGAUGAAGGAUAUACUAGUCUUGGUGGGACUUCUGAUACGCAUCCAAAUCCGAAAUUGAGACAGGGGGUCGAUGGGCAGAAGGCUGAUUAUCUUCCUGCUUACCAGCUGACAGAGGAUAUGGCAGAGAGACUUGGGCGGAAUUGA